AUGGAGCACCUCGCGCGCGUCCCGGCUCAUCGAUUUCGGAUAUACCACCUCAUGGCAGAAGGGAUUUCUUUCAAGAUCACGGUCACUCUCCGUGCAUCAAGGGUGCAUAAGUGGAUUCGCGCCGUCAAGAGGAACUAUCUCGACGCCACACUAAUCAAGUGCGUCAGCUUGGACUUGCCACAAGUUCUCAAGGAGUUCUUGCAGGACAACACCAUUAGAUUUUGCGGCGGGGCUAUCGGCAAAGAUGUGGAAAUGAUGUGUCCCUACGGUAUUGAUAUUACUUCUGCGUUCGACCUCCAGAAGAUACUCCCGAACCCCACAAAAAAUCCCAUACCGAGUCUAUAUGAUCUGGCAAAUUCUAUCAUUGGAACAAAUCUUAAAAAGAAUAAGAGGAAGAAGUACAAGAAGAAGGACGACGCGGAAGAAAAAGAAGAUAAACUGAUUUUUGGGUGGGCCAAUGUUUCGUUGAGCUACGAGCAAGUGCGCUAUGCCGUUCUAGACGCUCGCCUAGGCUUCGAGAUGGCUAGGAGUUAUUGGGAGCUAGUUGGCUACAAUAACCAUGUUGAUCGUCUCAAUAUUUAA